GGAGACUGAACGCGGAGCGUCAAUCCUCCACAGAGAUGUCACACGCAUCCUACCAUCACUAGCAUAAUUUACCAAAAGUUAGCUCGAGGGGACUGAUAGCCAACAGAGCCGGAGGAAACCCACUUUUUCUUGAAUUAUUUUGGUGGUUAAUUAUUUUGAUUCUCAUCGGGUGCUCAACAGUGGAUAAGCGGUCAUGUCAAAGAACAUUGAAUUAUUUAUAGGCACGCGCGUCUUGCUGUGUGACAGUAUUGCCCCAAAACCAUUUUGUUAGAUGUGCGUCUUCAACAGUGACUGGCACACGUUGCUUUUUCGGCCAAUGCUUCACAUUGAUGACCACGGAUACUUGCUGAUAGGCAAUGGUUCUCGCAGUAUAGCCAAUCUUCAGAGGUGGCUUGAUAUGUUUUGCCAUUUGAUUGGCUUCAUUUAAGCCGAUGUGUGUUGGGUGUAUGGAAGAGGAUCCAAAGGACUGACUUUCGAGGCGUCAAAGGCUUUGGCACUACCUCACCUGGGAGGACGCAUCCUGGCUAACGGUCGCCAUCCUGUAUUGCAUCCUGGCUAACGGUCGCCCUCCUGUACUUGGAUCCUAUAAAUCUCCAUGCUGACCACUUCAGAGGAGAGAAGAAGAGGUAGGAUAGCGACCAGGCUACCCAUCGACUGUUUAUGUGAACACAUUGAUCCAGGACACCCGAGCGAAAAAGGAACCAAAUACAAAACAUCCAAUGAUCGGUGUGUGUUGUUGAUUUGUUUUCUGCUCAAGUCAGAGUGAGAGUGAGACGACCACAACCUCAGGAAGCUGAACAGACCACGGUUGCAGAGUAGGUGUAAAUCCAAAUACGAUGGUCCACUGUGCUGGGUGCGAGAGGCCUAUACUGGACAGGUUUCUCCUCAAUGUUCUGGACAGAGCGUGGCACGUCAAGUGUGUACAGUGCUGCGAGUGUAAAUGCAAUUUAACAGAGAAAUGCUUUUCUCGAGAGGGGAAACUAUACUGCAAAAACGACUUCUUCAGGUAAGCUUGACCGGUGGGUGCUUGCUCCCUUUCAUUCUCAUUUACUACAGGAAUUAUUAUUUCAGAUGUAGUCUUGGAUAAGCAUUUCCAUGUUUCUGUUUAGUACACACUACUAUCCUAAUGUUCUCAGUCAAAUGCACCAUUCCCCCCCCCCCCCCCCCCCCCCCCCCUCAAAAUACUCUUAAGGAUAUAUUGCAAAUACAAAACAUUUUCAAUAUAAUGUAUUAUAGGCUAAUAAUGAACAUAUAAACCCUGUUAUUUGUUUAGUGUAACAAAAAAACUGAGGUGAAUCUCUAACUUCUGAAGUAAUGAACUCAAAAGUAGAGGCUGUAUUAAAUUGCAAAACUAUGUAAAGACAUACAAUAAUUACACCGUAUACCUUCAAAUUGUAGAAAACUGUUAAGUCAAUAAUGUUCAGCCUUUUGCUCUCAAAACAUUUGCCAUUAUCAUUUGCCUAUAACAAAAUGAUAGGCAUACUCAAGGCUAAAUACUUAAUGGAAUUUAUGAUAGGUAGCACAUAUUAAUACAUUAACCAUUCUAAAUAUCCAUUUUACACAUGUCUAAUAUGGUUAAAACAAACAAUUAAGACUGCAUCCAAUUCCUCCAGAAUUUUUGUGCUAGGUGUGAAGGUGGAUUUGGAGGUGGUGCUUCGGAAGCUUUGAUUAGGAGAGCCAAUAAUUAAAGGAUUGUUAAUUUGUAUUGUUAUGCUAAAAGGUAGACAGCAACAUUAAACACGUGUGUAUUCGUCCUCUGUAUGGUGUAUGAAGGAAAUAAGGCGCAGAGAAGCGGCUAGAAUCAAUACUUCAUCGGGGUAGUAUGGAUGAAGUGUGUCUCUCGGCCCAGUGGCAAAGCUAUCUGCCCAGGCCCCUGUGUUUGCACGGCUCCAGUGCGAAGGAGGUGAUAACUGGAUUUAAAUAAUAAACCUAUUUAAAAGAUCAAACAAGCAGACAAUGCAAUCACAGACUUGCAGUCAACAAUCAGUGUACACCAUCUCAAUACACAUUCGUUCCCAUUACAAUCAGCAGAAAGAGGCUAAUCACACAUGUUAAAGUAAUAACUUGUAUAUUGCAAUGUGUACUAUGGUGCAUAAGUCGUUAUUAUCUCAAAACCACAGAGAACAUUAUUGCUUAAUUGUAUUAUACAUUUAGGGCUGUUUUUUUGUGUAAUUACAUUAUGUAGUCUUUGUUCAUAAUGAUCAGCUAAAUUGCAGAAUGGACAACACUAACAUGUCUUUUCAUUAGGUCUAAAUAGAACUCAAAUGCAAUUCUAAGCAAAUCUCUUAUUUACCCAAAAACGUGUUUAUAAUGGAACAAAUAAUUUUUGAUUGGGCCAAGUAAGAAAAUGUGUCCGUUGACAAUGAAUGCAGAAAUAUAAGAUAAGGACAGGGCCUACUUCAGUCAACUAUAAUUGGGCGGCGCACAAUUGGUCCAGCGUCAUCCAAGGUAGGCGAGGGUUUGGCUGGCAGGGAUGUGGGUUCGUUUCCCACGGGGGGCCAGUAUGAAAAACAAAACAAAAAACAAAUCAAAAAAACAUGUAUGUAUUCACUAACUGUAAGUCGCUCUGGAUAAGAGCGUCUGCUAAAUGACUAAAAUGUAAAAUGUAUAAAGAACAGGACCACAUAUGGCAAUUAUGGAAUCAUUCUCAUCAUGAACCAUUGCAACUGGGAGGCAGCAGGCCUAUUUGUACACUCUUAGAAAAAAGGGUUCCAAAAGGGUUCUUCUACUGUCCCCAUAGGAUAACCCUUUUUGGUUCCAGGUGGAACUCUUUUGGGUUCCAUGUUGAACCCUCUGUGGAAAGGGUUCUACAUUGAACCCAAAACGGUUCCACCUGCAACCAAAAGGGUUCUAUCUGGAACCAAAAAGGGUUUUUCAAUGGGUUCUCCUAUGGGGACAGCCGAAGAACCCGUUUAGGUUAUAGAUAGCACCUUUUUUUCUAAGAGACUAAGUAUUUAUUCACACGCUCAAUAUGCAAUCGUUGUAUACUAACAUAUAUUGUUUGGUUUUGUGCCUAAAGACAUUUUAAUAAUCAUGCAUUCCUCGCAGGAGGUUCGGGACAAAGUGCGCGGGCUGUUCUCAGGGCAUCUCGCCGAACGACUUGGUCCGCAGGGCAAGGAGCAAAGUGUUUCAUCUCAACUGCUUCACUUGCAUGAUGUGUAACAAACAGCUAUCCACGGGAGAGGAGCUCUACAUCAUAGACGAAAAUAAAUUUGUCUGCAAAGAAGAUUAUCUAACCCACAGCAAUGGGAAAGACACAAACCUUCUCUCAGGUAGGCCUAAACGGCAAAAAUUGGCUUUAUAAUUUUGGGCGCAUGGCUACUAAAUUGAUGUGAGUUGUUCCACAUGUUGAUCAUGCAUCAAUUCAAUGAUUUGAAGAAUAACAUGACCGUACUCUUGCAUUUAGUGUAGGCCCUAUGCCUAAACUAUUUUGUUUUAUGGUAAAAACAGAAAUAACGAUUUGCGCAAUUGCAAGCCUAUAUUUUCACAAGAUUGCUAAAGAUUUAUUUGGAUUUGAGGUAUAUUUGUAAGCCGAAAUAUGCAAUUAUAUUUGCAUAGAUGUUAAUUAUCGGGUUGUAUGGUUAUUGUAGACCCAUAAGCCUAUUGAUUUUAUUGUAGGUCCAUUUUAUGAUUUAUUAAUUGGUCGCUAAAAAGUAAUGGAUGGACAAAUAGUGUUCAUAAAAAUAAUGUACAUCUGCACAGGUUAUUAUUUCAGGUAGGCCUAUAGUGUAAUACGGCUAUAUCAAUUUGUUUAAAAAAAACAUUAUAUUUUAGUAAGGCUAUAAAGGCCUACACAAAUAGGCCAAUAGUAAUAAUUCAUAUUCCUUAUUGUAUUGAGCUUAUAGGUCUACACAUGAACUGUGUGUCUAAGCUUUUUCUAUCCUUUUUCGUUUUUACAGUAACAGCAUGUAGCGAUCCAAGUUUAUCACCGGAUUCUCAAGAUCAUUUACAGGAAGAUGUAAAGGACUCUGAAAUAGCUAAUCUGUCGGACAAAGAAACGGGUAGUAAUGAGAAUGAUGGCGAGAACCUUGGCGGUAAACGACGUGGACCGCGAACCACCAUCAAAGCAAAGCAACUGGAGACCCUGAAAGCGGCGUUCGCUGCCACCCCCAAACCCACCAGACACAUCAGGGAGCAGCUCGCGCAGGAGACGGGGCUGAACAUGAGAGUAAUUCAGGUAAUGGCAAUGACAAAUGCACUAUAGUGACAUAAAUGUAAUUCCUGAUGCAGCUCAUGUCGUAUUGGUAUGGGAGUGAAUGAGGACAGUAUAGUGGCGGGAGUGGGGGGACCCUCACCUUGUGCGCUUUCAGGGUGACGCACAUAUUAAAACGUGUGAUAUAGCAGCUUAUAUUUUAUGGAAAGUAUCUCCCUGAGCGCCUGAGCAACAACAAAAAAAAGGGCGGGGCACGCGGAGGGGGGUCUUGGUUGGCACUUGUUUCUCCAUGUUGGGCACCGUGUCAACAGUUCGCCACAAACAGAGGCCUCAUCACAAUCACACCGCUCCUUUCUCAUCUGCCUUCCCGCUUAAAGAUGGGGUUGCCUAGAAAUUGCAUGGUCACAUUGAAUUGAACGAGUGAAAGAUUGGCUGCCAUCGAGGUUUAUUUGGAAAGCGUAAUGUAUAUGGGUAUUUUUGAUUCUUGGCGUGCAGGAUGGGUUAACAUGCCAACUGGCGUGAGACUGGUGAGAGCGAUGGGAGUCUUGGCAACGCUGGGCCAUCACGUUUUGCGACCACAUUUAGCCAUGCUGUGACCAUUUUCAGUCAAGUGUAAAUGCAGAAAUCUGUUUCAGGAGACUUCAAAAUGCCUCCUUAUCCCCCAGUCUAGUAUAGGUUAAACCAUUUGAAAUAAGCAUGCCUCAUAUUGACAUAUAAUAAUAACAACAACAACAGACUCAAUUAUUAUCAAUAGUUUCAUUAUGACUAUUAUUAUUAUCAUUGUUAUCAUUAUUAUUAUUAUUAUUAUUAUUGUUGUUAUCAUUAUUAUUAUUAUUAUUAUUACCAGUGGUAUUUAUUUGACAUGUUUAAUUUGGACAAAUUGCAUAACCUAAUGCAAAAAAGUAAGCUAGGCCUAUCAUUUGGAAGGCUUUUUGUUUGGUGGCAUUAUUUUUGGCCUAUUCUCAAUAGUUGAAAAUUAGGCUACUGAAAAUUAGGCUACUGAAGAUGCACACCUGAUUUGGAAUGUUUUAGUUGCUUUCUGUGUCUCUCUUAGCACCUAAGUUGGGAAAAUAAAUCGUAUGGGCACACAAAUAAGCGCAUCCACACCGCUGAGAGACUCCCAUGAUGGGGAUAGUGCUGCGGGGACGUGGUAAUGUAUUAACAAAACAUUGAAGUCAGAUGAAGUGAAAAAAAUAAUGGUUUAUGGAGAUUAAUAAAGUGGCGAGGUUGGAUAUUUAAGAGCGUCAAGGAAGAGCAUAAUUAGCUGAAGGAAUUCAAGGGUGGAUACAUAGAUUACGAAAUAAUAACCUCGCAGAGCCGUGUAAUAUAUUGGUAACAACUCUCCUACUAAGUAUUAAUUGUAGAUUUUAAAAGUUCCCGCUGCUGCCCCCUUAGUCGGGGUAAAUGGAGGGUUAAAAGAUAAUUAAACUGAGGUUAGAUCUGUGAGUCUGGAGUGACGAUAAUUAGUAGUAAUCUUGUCCCUGCAAUACGACUUCACUCCAUCAAGUCACCACGCACCGAACCUGACCACAAUGUAGGGCAGCGCGCGCACCGGCACAAACAGGGCACCUAGGUUAUGCAUGGCCUAGGUGUUGCUUUGAUGUUGAUCACGGAUCUAUAAACAAAGCAAUUAUAUUAUAACGGUAAGCAUUAAUAAUUAUAAAAAACUGACACCAUAAAUAAUGCUUAUAUUGUUGGAAUAGUUCUGAUAUCAGAGUUAGGCUACUUUUUAUAUAGGCUACCAAUCUAUAAUGAUAUUUCUACAGAAAAAGGUUUUCGAUCUGUAGUGAAGUAAAGUGUUUGUUUUUAUUUUAUUGACUAUGUAAUUUGUAUUCUGCACAUUUACAUCCUGUUGGCAUUCCAUUAUUAUCUUAAUGUAUUGAGAUUUGUGGUCAAACGUAAUUUUUUAUACAGAGGCAACCUUUGCUGUGAGCCUCUCUUUGUCUCCAACUCUCCAGACGUAAUAUGUGCACUUAAAUUCUUCCAAUACAUUUUAUUUUCAUUAACGUUGCUCUAUGCUGACUUGUGUGCUUCAUAGGUAUGGUUUCAGAACCGGCGGUCCAAAGAGCGACGCAUGAAGCAAUUGAGCGCCCUGGGCGCGAGACGGCACGCGUUCUUCCGGAGCCCGAGGAGAAUGAGAACGCUAGUGGACCGGCUGGAACCCGGGGAAUUAAUUCCAAACGGCCCUUUCUCAUACUACGGAGGUAAGAAGAGUGAUGAAACGGCUUGCGUGUCCCAGCGGGUUUAUCGGUUUCACAUGUUUGUCUGA